GACUUCUAACAUACGAGGGGACCCUUUCACAGUAAUCACUAAAUCCAUAUAAAAAUCCACCUUUCUCUACAAAUAUUUUUCAACCCCAACAUUCAAUCACAUGUUGUUUUUUCUUCACUUCCUAAAGACAUGACAACAGCAAAAGAAGCUUCAAACAUAGAUCUCAUACGCCAUCAUCUCUUAGGUGACACCAUCUCUGACCCUUUUCUCCAUCCUGUUAAACUUGAAAACCCUUCAUCAGAUUUUGAUUUCUCUUCAUAUAUCUCAGACAACUCCACCUUCUUCACUUUCCUUGAAGACUAUGAUUUGAUAUCAGACAUGGAGUUCUUUAACCACACUUCAUCUUCAAGUGAAACAAGCCCUUCAAAGGAAACCAAAAAAUCAUCAAAUUCAUCACCUGAAGUAGUAGUAGUGCCAGUACCAGUACAAAGUACUACUGUGCCAUCAUCAAAGAAGAUGAAGAAAGAAGAAGAGUGUGUUGGUGUUGGUGUUGGUGAGACAAGGAGGUAUAGAGGAGUAAGGAGAAGGCCAUGGGGGAAAUUUGCAGCUGAGAUACGUGAUCCGUCAAGGAAAGGAAGUAGGGUUUGGUUAGGUACAUUUGAUAGUGAGAUUGAUGCUGCAAAAGCUUAUGAUUCUGCUGCUUUUAGAAUGAGGGGUAGGAAAGCUAUAUUGAAUUUUCCUUUGGAGGCUGGAUUGUGUGAUCCUAAGCCAAAUAGUUGUGGCAGGAAAAGGAGAAGAGAAAGAGAAAGUGAAAGUGAAGAAGCUACAAGAAGUACUAGUUCAAGUUCAUGAUGAAGAUUCAUGAAUAGAGUUAGAUGCUGGUGAUGAUGAUGUACAAGUUUGUUUAGUAAUUAUUAGUAAUUCUUUUUUUUUGGUUUUGGAUGAGCAAUCAUAAUCCAUUAAAAUGUUAAAAUAAUAGUAAGGACUGUUUGGGAAUUAUUUGUUUAAUGUGUUUAAGAUUUUAACUGGUUGGGUUUACAAGGAGUGAGCUCAUCUUGUAUGUCACAUGGUUUGUACAUAGAAGCAAGAAAUGAUAUGUCAAUAUGGAAUCAAUGUAGAUAUUUCUUGCAUAUUA